UCUAUUUGCUGGGGACCCAGAAGAAUACAGAGCCCUUGAUAAAACUUAAAAUAGGUCCCCAGCAACAAGAACUUGAGUUCUUAGUGGAUUCAGGGGCAGAAAGAUCGACAGUUCAAAAGUUACCUUGGGGUUGCACGACUUCCUCAGACACAGUCCAAGUUAUAGGAGCCAAGGGAGAACCAUUUAAGGUGCCCCUCAUAAAAGAUGUGGAAAUAGAAGCCCAGAAUAAAUAUGCAUUAGGAACAUUUCUAUUGGUUCCUGAGGCUGAGUAUAAUCUAUUAGGGAGAGAUUUGAUAAUAGAAUUGGGAAUAAAUUUAGAAGUGAAAGAUCAGAAAUUACAAGUCCAAAUAUAUGCCCUUACGGCAGAGGACGAAAAGAGAAUAAAUCCGGAGGUGUGGUUUACUCCUGACUCUGUGGGAAAGCUAGAUAUAAAGCCAUUCGGGAUCUCUAUUCGAAAUCCAGGGGAACCAAUAAGAGUGAAACAAUAUCCCAUCCCACAUAAAGGAAGAGUUGGACUUAAACCGACCAUAGAAAGACUUUUAACACAAGGAUUAUUAGAACCAUGUAAGUCACCCCAUAAUACUCCCAUUUUGCCGGUAAGGAAAUCUGACGGAUCAUAUCGUCUGGUGCAGGAUUUAAGGGAAGUAAACAAACGGACAGUUACCCGGUACCCUGUAGUAGCUAAUCCUUAUACUUUACUAAACCGACUCUCACCUGACCAUAAGUGGUAUAGUGUGAUCGACCUGAAAGAUGCAUUUUGGACUUGUCCUCUGAAAGAAGAAAGUAGAGACUACUUUGCUUUCAAAUGGGAAGACCCUGACACACAUAGGAAACAACAACUUAGAUGGACUGUUCUACCUCAGGGAUUUACAGAAUCCCCUAAUUUGUUCGGACAAGCUUUAGGACAGUUAUUAGAGUCUUUUGAACCUCGCCAGGGUACAGUUUUGAUUCAAUAUGUUGAUGAUUUGUUAGUUGCGGGGAAAAAGUUAGAAGAUGUCAGAGAUGAAAGCAUUAGACUUCUGAAUUUCUUAAGUUUAAAGGGUUUGAAAGUGUCAAAGUCCAAAUUGCAAUUUACAGAGGAAGAAGUUAAGUAUUUAGGGCAUUGGUUGAGCAAGGGACAUAAAAGAUUAGAUCCUGAUCGAGUAAAUGGAAUUCUGUCACUACCUGUACCCAGGAACAAAAGACAGAUUAGACAACUUCUGGGCCUAUUUGGGUAUUGUAGGCAAUGGAUUGAAAAUUACAGCAGUAAAGUCAAAUUUCUGUAUGAAAAAUUAACCAAGGAGGGGUUGGUAAAGUGGAGUGAUGAAGAUGAACAGCAAUUAGAAAAAUUGAAGGAGGAUUUAAUAAAUGCGCCUGUGUUAAGUCUGCCAGACAAUCGGAAACCUUUUUACCUAUUUGUAAAUAUAGAAAAUGGUACAGCAUAUGGAGUCCUAACCCAGACCUGGGCCGGGCAGAGGAAACCGGUAGGGUACUAUUCAAAAUUGCUAGAUCCUGUAAGUAGAGGUUGGCCCACAUGUUUGCAAUGUAUAGUUGCUACAGCUUUGUUAGUUGAAGAAGCUAUAAAGGUGACUUUUGGAGGAGAAUUAAAAGUAUUCACUCCCCAUAAUAUAAGAGGAGUAUUACAACAGAGAGCUGAGAAAUGGUUGACUGAUAGUCGACUAUUAAAAUAUGAAAGUAUCCUAUUGCAUUCACCUGAUCUGGAGUUAGAGAUGACACAUGUGCAAAAUCCAGCUCAAUUUUUAUAUGGAGAACCUAAAGAAGACCUAGGACAUGACUGUUUACAAGUAAUAAACCUUCAAACAAAGAUUAGGGAAGACUUAGAAGAAGAAGAACUGAGCUCAGGAGAGAAAAUAUACAUCGAUGGUUCUUCUAGAGUGAUUAAUGGGAAUCGAAAGUCAGGAUAUGCAGUGAUAGAUGGAAAAAAUUUUCAGGUCAGAGAAUCUGGACCCUUAGAUAAGACAUGGUCAGCCCAAGCUUGUGAGUUAUAUGCACUGUUGAGAGCGUUACAAUUAUUAGAUGGAAAGGCAGGCACUAUCUUCACAGACUCUAAGUACGCAUUUGGAGUAGUUCACACCUUCGGCAAGAUAUGGGAAGAGAGAGGAUUGACUAAUACCCAGGGUAAGGGACUUAUUCAUGAAACUCUAAUACGAGAAAUCUUAAAAGCUUUGAGAAAGCCAAAACAAAUUGCAAUAGUACAUAUUAAAGGGCAUCAAAAAGGGUUAAAAGCUACUGUUAGGGGUAAUAAUCUAGCAGAUGAAGAAGCAAAGAAAGCAGCUUUAUUAGUAAUGACAAGUUCAGAACCAGAAGAUAGAACUAGCCUGAAAAGUUUUAGUGAUCAAGAGAAAAAGAAACUGCAGCAAUCUGGAGCAAAGGAAGAAAAUAAUAAAUGGUUAUUGGCAGAUGGUCGGGAAGUACUUCCAAAAGGGCUUGCUCAGAGACUAAUGAAGAAAUUACAUGAGCGGACCCAUUGGGGAAUACAGGCGUUGGUGGAUCAGUUUGAAAAUAAAUUUGUCUGUGUGGGAGUUUAUGGAGUAGCAAAAAAGGUUUUGGAAGGGUGUCUAACCUGUCAGAGGGUAAACAAAAGACAAUUGAGAGAACGGGUACAAGGGGGACGAGAAAUAGCUAAGAGACCUUUUGAGAAAGUACAGACAGAUUUUACUGAGUUACCCAAAGUAGGCAGGUAUCGCCAUCUACUGGUGUUGGUGGACCAUCUCACCCACUUUGUAGAAGCCUUUCCGGUAGCCCGAUGUACAGCCAAAACUGUGAUUAAGAUUUUAUUAGAAGAAAUUAUUCCAAGGUAUGGUGCUGUGGCAGUAGUGGAUUCGGAUAGGGGACCACACUUUACCUCUAAAAUAAUCAAAGAGACAACAGAACUUUUUGGAACCAAAUGGGAGUACCAUACUCCUUGGCAUCCACAAAGCUCUGGUAAAGUGGAAAGAAUGAAUGGAGAAAUAAAGAAACAAUUGACUAAAUUAAUGAUAGAAACUAAAAUGAAUUGGGUAAAGUGUUUGCCAUUGGCCUUAUUAUACAUACGGACCCAACCACGUACUGACACAGGAAUUUCACCAUUUGAAAUGCUGUAUGGAAUGCCAUAUGAUUUUGGAAUCCCGAUUGAAAAUCCCAAGGUGGAAGAUACCCUCUUAAGGGAAUAUAUAAUCGAGUUGAUGAAAAGGAGACAGGAAUUGAGGAAAAAAGGAUUAGUAACUCAGAGACCCCCGUUGGAUAUGGCAAUACACAAAAUUCAACCUGGAGACAGGGUGUUAAUUAAAACAUGGAAAGAAUCUUCAUUAACCCCUCGUUGGGAAGGACCUUUUGUUGUUCUUCUCACUACAGACACAGCCAUUCGUACCGCUGAAAGAGGAUGGACUCACGCAUCUCGUGUUAAGGGGCCAGUCAACACUCCUGAAUGGACUGUAACCUCUCAACCUGGGAAUCUCCGAAUGACGUUCAGAAAAACAGGACUGGUAAAUGAAUCACUUUGAAUGAGACGUAAGA